CUCAUUUUGCUGGCGGCUGCAUUUCCGGUAGCGACGGCGGGAAUCUAGUUGUUGGCGGGUCUCUAGGCCUCUGCGGAGGUGAAUCCGGCGGGAAUCGGAGCCAUCAGAACCGCCACCAUGACUGUGGGCAAGAGCAGCAAGAUGCUGCAGCACAUCGACUACAGGAUGAGAUGCAUCCUGCAAGAUGGCCGGAUCUUCAUUGGCACCUUCAAGGCUUUUGACAAGCAUAUGAAUUUGAUCCUCUGUGAUUGUGAUGAGUUCAGGAAGAUCAAGCCAAAGAACUCCAAACAAGCAGAAAGGGAAGAGAAGCGAGUCCUUGGUCUGGUGCUGCUUCGAGGGGAGAACCUGGUCUCGAUGACAGUAGAAGGACCCCCUCCUAAAGAUACUGGUAUUGCUCGRGUGCCACUUGCUGGAGCUGCUGGGGGCCCAGGAAUUGGCAGGGCUGCUGGCAGAGGAAUCCCAGCUGGUGUUCCUAUGCCCCAGGCUCGCAUGAUGGGCCCACCUCCUGGUAUGAGGCCUCCUAUGGGUCCCCCAAUGGGGAUUCCCCCUGGACGAGGGACCCCGAUGGGCAUGCCCCCUCCAGGAAUGCKGCCCCCUCCCCCAGGGAUGCGAGGGCCCCCUCCCCCGGGAAUGCGCCCACCAAGGCCCUAGACUCAUCUUGGUCCUCCUCAGCUCCUUGCCUGUUUCCUGUAAGGCUGUACAUAGUCCUUUUAUUUUCCUUGUGGCCUAUGAGAUUGGUUUAUAAUAAACUCUCAAGAGAAUAUUGUAAAUGCACCUGAUGUAUCCAUUUCUAAGCAUCCUUUGAUAUAUUGGGUGCUUUAUAAUUAGAGUCAAAAGGGUUGCCUUGGAAAAAUUAGCCCUAAUCUUAGUUGCUUCCCUGUAAAAUACUUUACUACACCAUUGCAUCUGAUAUAUAAUAGUCCGAUAAUAAGAGAUUUGCAAAAUUGGACCAUAUGAAACAUUUUCUCUCAUCAAAACCCAAAAAACUUCAGCUUGUUGAAAUAAACAUUCAUAUGCUGUU